GAUCUUUCAUUUGAAAAGGCUGUCACCAAACGGAUUGGCAACAGUACUUUUGGCAUGUGGAGGACUUUCGAAAGUGAAAAUCAACUCCUCUUUUAAGUCAUUGUUGUCGCAGACAAUUCUUAAACACUUGGAAGCUCGUGGCUGCGAUUUUCAAUGGAUAGAUGUUGAAUUUGACCCAUUAUGUUGGAAACUAAUGGCUGAAGACAUGCAAUAACACUCCCUAAGACUGACUUUACAAUAAAUCAUACCAACUGAGAAGGGAAUGGUUCGGUUUUCAAUUUUCAUCCUAGCUGGUAUUAACAUGUGAGUGUCUGCUCCUCCGGUCAGCCUGUCUGUCCCGUCGUCUUCUUCGUUGGAAAAGCGAUUGAAAUACGUCCAAAGAAAGAUUUGGCAUCGGAUGAUAGUGAGGGUUUCAUCUUUCAGAUCUUCAUGACUUCCCGCUUUCUUCUUCGCUUUUUCAUCAAAUUUCCGCUGCUAGGUCUUCAGAUCUUUCGUGCUCUUGUCGGCGCUAACCAUACCGGAGCCCGAUUCUGUUCUCGCUAAGUAAUCUUCUCUUUCUCUCCUUUUGUUCUUCUUCUUCUUCUAGAAAUACACGGAAAUACAGUGAUAUAGUAAACAGUUACACGCAUAGACUAUGGCAUCUCACGCAGCUAAGCCUAGUUUGGUCAGGAAUUUUGUAGUACGAUUUUUGUUUAUCUGCGUCAUCGUAAUCGCCGUUCGAUUCACCUAUCUUGUCACCGUCGAAGGUGAAUCCUGUUACCAUGGAGACUUCUGUUUCUUCACCUUGCCAAAAAACCUCAGAUUUCUCGCCGGAUUACCACAGUUUAGCUCCUCGGCGAUCGCGGUCGUUGACUCCAACAGGCAAUCUCCAGCCAAGACCAGCCUUCCUGAUCUCUGGUCCACCAACGGAUGGAAGAAAACAGUUGACUUCUAUUCCUCUGUCUUUCAGGAGCUGAUGGCUGAUGGUUAUCUUUCACCUAGUUCUAAAUCACUAUGUCUAGAUACGCCAAUGGGACAAGACGUUUUCGCCUUAAAAGAGGUUGGAGUUUUAGAUGCAGUUGGAAUUGACAAGAAGGCUUCUAAGCCGCUGGUGAUUUCUGGUCGAGCGAUUCAUCAACCAUUUAAUAAUAACACGUUUGACUUCAUCUUCUUCGGCUUAGGAGGGCUUGAUGGGGCACUGAGUCAAGGCGAGAUAGCUGCUGAGGUUGCCAGGACACUGAAGCCCGAAGGGCAUUUUGUGGUUCUGACUUCUUCUCAAGACACUUAUAGUUUGCAUUCAUUCAUUAGUUUGUUUAGUAGUUUUGAAUUCAUUCGUUAUCGUGAUAUCAAAGGCUUCACUUCCUCAAUGCCUCGUAUACGUGAAAUAGUCAUGAAGAAAGAUAAUGAACUAACUGGCCAUGGUGGUUCAAGUUCAACAACCCAUAAAAAAGCAGUAAAGAAAUGCUCUCUUCCAAGCCACAAAAAGCAGCUAUUCCGGCAGGCUGAACCAUUGAUUAAGCAAGAGCCACUGAAACCAUGGAUAACACUGAAGAAGAAUCUACAGAAUAUAAAGUACCUUUCUUCAAUGACUGACAUCAACUUCAAGAGAAGGUAUGUAUAUGUGGAUGUUGGAUCGCGUAGCUACGGCUCGAGCAUAGUGAGUUGGUUCAAGAAACAAUACCCAAAACAGAACAAGACCUUUGAAAUAUAUGCAAUUGAAGCUGAUAAAGCUUUUCACGAUGAGUAUAAAUUGAAGAAAGGUGUUACAUUGUUGCCAUAUGCAGCCUGGGUGAAGAAUGAAUCACUGUUCUUCGAGGUCAAUCAUGACCCGGGUCGAGAAAAGGAAGAAAAAGAGGAAGGGAGAGGUAUGGGAAGGAUUAAGACAGUGCAGUCUUCAACUAAUGGCGCCAGUUCUAUCCAUAAUAUCCAGGGUUUUGAUUUUGCGGAUUGGUUGAAGAACACUGUAUCCGAUAGGGAUUUUGUGGUGAUGAAGAUGGACGUGGAAGGGACUGAAUUCAAUCUAAUACCUAGAUUGUUUGAGACAGGAGCUAUUUGUUUGAUUGAUGAAAUAUUCCUGGAAUGUCAUUACAAUAGGUGGCAGAAAUGCUGUCCUGGGAAAAGAUCGCCCAAGUACGAGAAAACGUAUGAUCAGUGUUUGCAGCUCUUUACUUCUCUUAGACAGAGUGGAGUUCUUGUUCAUCAAUGGUGGUAACACCAAAAUCAAUUCAUUUACUUUCAUGUAAUUUUAAUGGCAAACAUGUUGUGUAUCCUCGCAUAGAUUGUUCCUCUUAGUAAUGUAAACUGUGUUUUAUUAGAAAAAAACAAAUUUAUCCUACUAUAGAAACAUGUGCAAUUUUAGUUAUUUUGUUCAUAAUAGGAUGAACAAGUCCAGAUCUAUUUUACCCUUUUAAUCUUCUUCAUCUUACAGAUUUCACUGUAAUAAGUUCUUUUACUUCAGGAAGAAAAAAUGCAGCUUCUUUUGUACUUUCUUGGA